AGAUAAAUGCAUACCUGAACAUUUUGUUUGCGAAAAAUCGUAGCGUAGACGCAGUUCGUAUAAUUGUUGGUGCAGUAGCUGCUAUAAAAAUACAUACAUAAGUGAAAAUGUCUAUUGGAACAAUACCAGAGUUUCGGUUGCAUAAAGACAACUGGAGGAUAUACGUGGAGCGACUGGAACAGUAUUUAAUUGUAAAUAAGAUACCUGAAGAAUUACAUGUGCCCACGCUAAUAACGGUUAUGGGGGUGGAGACAUAUGAGCUACUAGUGACAUUGUGCAAACCGAGCAAACCGAAAGCGAAAACUUUUAAAGAACUAACCCUUAUCCUGGAGAAUCACCUUCAGCCGAGUGUUUUGGCUGAAAGAUAUAAAUUCCGACAGAGACAACAAAGAGCAGGCGAGACCCUAGCGGAAUAUAUUGCGGCAUUGAAAAAAAUGUCUGACAAAUGUGAAUUUGGUAGGUGGUGGAAUGAAAGUUUAUGUGACCAGUUCAUCUUUGGUAUCAGAAACGAGACAAUACGACAGAAGCUUUUCUCAGAAGAUAACGUAGACUUCGUGAAGGCGUGUCAAGUGGCCGAGAGUAUAGAAACGGUUGGAAAAGAAGCGACUGCGUCCGCUGAUACGUCUAAGGUGGAUACAGGAGCGGAAGGAAGGCAGACAAGCAGUUAUAGUUGGCGGAAUCCACGCCCCUAUCGCCCACCACAGCAACAUUGGAGUUCACGUGAAUCCAAUAGCAGGCAGCAAUCUCAAAUAUGCAGUGUGUGCUCUGGAAGGCAUGAGACAUCGGUCUGUCGAUUAGCUGAGUUUGCGUGUAGUGUGUGCCAUUCACAAGGACAUAUGGCACGAAAUUGUCCUUCGAAAUAAAAAAAUAAAUAAUGAUAUAAUAUAUAUAUAUAUAUAUAUAAUAUGCUGAUGAUUCAUACACUUAUAUUAUCCUAAUAACAAUGCUAAUCUAUUGUUAUAUAUGUUUUUGAAAAGCUUUGUUUGACUGGGGUUGACACAGCUCACCGUCUGCCAUCCCUGUUUAAAUACACCUUUAAACAUGUUGCAAGCAUGAACAUUUUUUUGGAUUCUAUAGAUAGAGCAUCGAGUGUUAAAAACGUGUCAACAUUUAAACAUUUAGAAAUAGAAAUAUCAAUAAAAUAUCAAUGUAUGGUGUCACUUAAUCUAUAUAAUCUAAUAAUAUUACUUUAUCUAAUAAAAAUAUUACCUGCCCUUGUUUACUAUAGCUGUAAUGUAUUUGGACUUUGGCUUUAUUGCACAUAUGUGGAUAAAUUUAAAAUUAAUUAAUUUAGUCGAAAAUAUAUUAGCAUUUAUUUGAAA